AUGAUCUCACUUAUUUUGUCAAAAUUUUUCACAGAUUCUGCGAGGGGUUCACAAACUUUCAAGUGACACUGUAUAUGAUGUUAAUCUUUUAGAGGGCAUAUAAAAUUAAUGGUUUCAGUUUAUGUUUUUUGUUUUUGUUUUUGUAAACAUGAAUCUAGUUCCCUGUUGAAAAAAAAAAAACAGCAUAUACUGGUUAGGUAUGUUUUGAAGCGUGGAAGCUGCCUGGUUUAUGCUGGUCAUGAUUUAAGAUGGUCAAGUGCUGGUCCUGAGCUGGAGCUAGUUGCUUGGGACCAGCACUUGACCAGCUCAUGACCAUUUGUCUCUUCUGUCUGGGUCAAGAUUCUUCUGUUCUCUAAAAGUUUACACUUUCUCAGAAUGUAAAUUUGAAAACAUAACUAUAAUUUUAUCUGAACAAACACUGGAAACAUCUGCGGGUCAAAGGAAGGUACAAGUGGUGGUACCUAGAUGUUCAAUGGUCCAGUUCCUGGUAUUGUGUUCACAGAUGACAGGUGAGAUAAAUCUCAGACCACCUUAACUACAUUUAUUAGUUCCCUUCACCAGGUGGCGCUGUUCAGCUAAUCGAUAACAAGAACAUGCUGCUGUUUCCAGCAGAUGUUCUUUAGCGCCCUUCUCUACAACAAAAACGCACUGAUUUCUUUCAGCAUUAUAGAUAUCGUUAUGAAAAAUCAUCUCUUAAUCUCGGUCUCUCUGUCCGUCUUCAGUCGUGUUUUCAGUCAAUAAUCCUCUCAGUGGGGAGCGGCUCGGGAACAGCACAUAUUUUACAUGCAUAAUUACCUUCUAGAAGUCAUAUUUUACUGUCUUGUUCGAAAAUAUGAAUAACCUAAUUUUCCCUAUUUUCUUAUUUUUCGCUGAAGGUUUGUUUGGUUUUGAGACAGAUGGAGUGAAAUCACUAUCAGUGAUGGAGGGAGAUUCUGUCACUCUACACACUUGUCUUAAUGAAAUACAAAAAUAUGAGAAGAUAAUGUGGAAGUUUGAAGACAACCUCAUAGCUCAAAUCAACAAAGACCAAACAUCCUCCACAUAUGAUGGUGCUGACGGGAGAUUCAGAGACAGACUGGAGCUGGAUUCUGAAUCUGGAUCUCUGACCAUCAGGAACAUCAGAACCAACCACUCUGGACUUUAUAAAGUGGACAUGUUCAGCACAAGUGGAUCCUCAAACAAGAAGAGAUUCAAUGUGACUGUAAUUGGUGUGUUUGAUCCAGACGCAGAUAAAAUAAAGCCAGUGUCGGUGAUGGAGGGAGAUCCUGUCGUUCUCAACUCUGAUGUUAAACUACACAAAGAUGAUCUGAUGCUGUGGAGGUUUGCACAAGCCACAAAACGCUGCGUAUAUAAUCCGGUUCAUCAUAACCCGUGUCUAAGCGACACGACUGCCAUCGCUAAAAUUGAUGGAGAAACUCGGGAGGUCUCGUUAGAUGCUGGUGUCAGUGAGAUAUUUAAUAAUAGAUUGAAGAUGGACAAAAUGAGCGGAUCUCUGACCAUCACAAACGUCAGAACUGAACACUCAGGGUUUUAUAUACUGCAGAUCAGCAACAACACUGGGACCAAAUACAGGAGAUUCAACGUUACUGUCCGUGCCGUUACAGAAUCCCACUCGUGUACAGUUUGGAUGUCAAUUGCUCUAGUACUUUUGUUGAUGAUUGCGGUUGGGUGUUUGGCUGCGGGCAUUAAAAACUGGAAUGUUUUGUUAGGGAGAUUGAGGUCGUAUAACUGCUGUCGAUCAAAGGGGCCACAGGAAAUGGAAUCAGAAUCAAUAGUGAGGAAAGGACAACCUCUCAUUCUCAACACUGAACAUACUGAACUACAGAGAGACGAUGUGAUAGAGUGGAGGUUUAAAGGCAAAGUUAUAGCAAGAAUCGGUAGAGAGAGUGAUGGAGGCAGACUGGAGCUGGACAGUACGACUGGAUCUCUGACCAUCACAAACACCACAACUGAACAUGCUGGAGUUUAUCAACUACAGAUUACCCACAAUGGACAAGUGCAGUCAAUCAGAAAGAUCAAGGUUUCUGUCACUGAUUCCGGCGAGUCAGAAUCUCUACUGAAGAGAAAAGAGAGCAGAUCCACCACUAUGGAGGUGGCAUAAUGUUAUUAAUAUAUAAGUGAAAUGUUAUGUGCCUCUAAAAACACUUUGCACUUACGAAUGAUCAAGGACUGACCUCAUGAGAAAUAUCAUGUACUUAUAGAUAAUAUACGACGUUAUAUGCACCACACUUGUUUCUCUGCCUGAUAUGUGCAUUAUAAGCUGAAAAGAUAAGUGAAGCUGAUAAAUGUGUAUGCUGUAUGUUUUGAACAUAUCCUUCAUGCUGUAUCAUGUUAAGUGUCUGUACAGGUUUAUUGUGAUGCUUUAUUGCAGAAAUCUUACCUCCACCAUUGUAAAUUUCUGAAAGACAUACUUCUUCUGUGAGCGCUUAACUGACUUAAUCAUAUCUAUAAAGGCACUUUCUAUGGCUGUUUAUCCAAAUAAUAGUAGAAAACGCUCAUCUCCACUGUUCACUACCUUCAUUUCUGCUUUACCUGUGUGUUAUUGUGAAAAACUUGAAAUUCAGUACUGUUAGUUUAUUAAUUUACUUCUGAUAAAAACAUUUGCUGCUCAAUAAAAAAUUUGGAUGAGAACUCUAAUUUUAAAUAUCCAUUUUUUUGGUUAUUUUUUUUUUUAAUAUAUUUUUAAAACAUUUUUUACACAUGCUAUCAUGCUUCUGGAGAACAGAAACUGGCAAUAUUCUGUGUUCUCUGUCAGUUUGUCAUGCAACAAGAUAUGAUUAUGAAAUCUAACGUGGUCUGAAUUGUAUAUUUUUUUUCUGAUUCAUUGCUGUUCUGUAUGCUCUUACUGGGAACUGGGUUUGUUUUUACUUUAAACUCUUAAAUAUAUGUGAAUACAUAUGAAAAUAAGGAUUAUGGUGAUAAAAAGCUAAUGUGAA